CUGGUCAUCAGUAAGGGUCUCGCCGUUUGGAAUGUACUCGCGGCACACAGCGUGGUACAUAUCCGUCUUGAUACCACCUGGAGCAACGCAGUUGACAGUGAUCUUCUUGUCGCCGCAGUCGAUGGCCAUGCAGCGGACAAAAGUCUCAAUGGCACCCUUGGAGCCAGAGUAGACAGCGUGCUUCGGUACACCUUUGGCCUGACCGGUGAUGGAGCCCAUGAGGAUGAUUCGGCCACCAAUGGACAAGUGCUUGUAUGCCUCACGGGCAACGAAAAACUGUCCGCGGGUGUUGAUGCGCAUGACGCGGUCAUAUUCCUCCUCAGUGACAUCCUUCAAGUGACCAAAAGACACGACGCCAGAGUUUGAGCAGACGAUGUCGAGCUGGCCGAAGUGCUCGACAGCUUGGUCCAUGAGGCGGGUAGUCUGUGCAACAUCGCCAACAUCGGCCUUGAGGGCGAUCGCGUCGCCGCCAUUCUUCUUGAUCGAGUCGACGACUUUGUUGGCUGCGUCGGCGGAGUUGGCGUAGUUGACAACGACCUUGGCACCGCGGCGGGCGAGCUCAGUGGCCAUUGCGGCACCGAUACCACGGCCGGAGCCCGUGACGAGGGCGACCUUGCCAUCGAGGCGGGAGGUUUCGACGGCCGGAGGAGCAGACAUGACUGUUGGGAUUGAGGGGCUGAGGAAAUGUGCUUUCAAGGAGUUGUAUUUAGAGAUCGCACCGAGAGGGUCGAGAGAGAGUCGAUGUUCAGAGGUGGAAGAGGACAUUCUUUCCAGACGAUGGAGGAAGAAGGGAAGAUUUGUAGAUGCAUGGCUUUCCGGGGACUAGCACCCGGCUCCACAGAGGUCCUGCUUCGUGCAUUGUCGCUGGCGAAGAUGGCACGCCUUGUGUGGCAGAAGAAUGAGCUUCGGCACGGUGGUGAAGAGCGAAGAGCGAGAGAGCGAGAGAGCGAGAGAGCGAAGACGCUCGCCUGCAGGAACAGCCGCACGUCGGCAAUCGGCCUUUCGCUCGCGCUUGGCGCAAUUCGUCCACGGACUCUCCACUUCCAUUCUCCGUUCGCUCUUGUACCUGUGCUUGAUGACACUUGCAAUGCUGUUGCAAGACGAUCUUCUUCUCAUAUCUACAUAGAAUACUCCACGCACUCUCGGACCUUGCCCACGACAGAUCGAGAGAGACAUCAUAACAGAGCCUCUUCACUUUCACAUCAAGCUUUUUCGCAGAAGGUCUCGGGACUUAACAAGCACCGGAAAGCAAGCCAGAGUACCACCACGUUUCGCACCAAGAGAGCUAUCGAUCAUGAAAGGCAGAAGAAGCAACGCCAACCAGUGAGUGAGCUCUCCGAACAUGUGUUCUCUGCAAGGCACAAGCCGCUGGAGAAUUCCCCGUGUGCCUGUACCUGUGCCUGGAUGUGGUUGGCUAUUCAUCAACAUACGAGCAUCGAUCAGUAUGUAUUGGUCCGAUCACAAAUCCCGGCACAACUUGACCUGAGCCUCAAGCUCAAGUUAUUUAUCCGGCAAAGAUUCUGGAGAGCCGCUCGAACAUGCGUGUUCGUGUCGAUUCAUUUCCGUUUCAGGCCAGCAUAUUUGCCGACGCAGGAGAAGUCCGUAGUGAAGAAUAACUAUGGGGUACGACCAAGUUUCUCGCGUGAGGAGAACCGCGAUGCGCAGUGCAGCACGAGUCUAGUGAGUGCAGUAAACUGGGACCAUGAUACGCGUGUCCGCGACGCCGGAUUUUUUCAUCUCUCUCUCUCUCUCUCUCUCUCUCCCUCUCUCUCCCUCUCUCUCUGCAUUCAAACAUUAUACGCAACGUGUAAAAAAAGCGCCCUCAACCACGUGGGCCUGGAAAUCUGUACCACAGAUCCCGACCAACUCUGGAGACCACCCGAAGUACAUCCAAGAGUAACACCUCGCCCGCUCGCAAGCAAAACUUCACUGUGGUAUCAAAAUCAAACAAUUGCGCCGUUCGCACAAGACAUUAUUAUGAGAGUCGUGUUCUCGUCAACAGGACAAGCCAUCGCGUCCGGCCAGGCCAUUCGGGAUGAAGCUACAUGGAUGAUCCUGAGGGUUGCGCUGUACUUGCGCGUGCGGACGGACCAUCGCAAACUCUUGAAACUAUGAUUAGGCAUUACGACGCCGCCAUGCAGCGUCCUUACGGGGAAGAAAAGUCCUUCAGCCUCUCGCUAGACGUUCAAGCUUGGACCGAAUUCCGUCGGAGAAGCGGUUCGCAGCGCCUUCGUCGAUGACUUCGAUGCAGUGCUGCAGGACGUUGUACGCACGAUCGAGGCUCAUCUGUGAGCCAUCUGGCUUCGUCAC